AGUGAAAGCACUCUAAACAUUUCCGAUGAUAAAAAUCCCCGUUCCAACUCAUCACGAAGACUAUAUGUCAUGACUUCACCAAGCUCCACUUUCCCUUCAGAAUUAUGCACCUCCGAGCCUGAUGUAAAGAUUAAAAAUGAAUCGCGGUCCGCAAGUCCCGUCUCCUUUUAUGGCGGCUCCCCAGAACGAGUCACCAGACAAAAUCAGCUUCUUCAACCUGUCCUACUUCUUAAUAUUCCCUCCAGAUCAACUUCUGAAAUUAAUUUGGUUGAUAGUGAGAAGAAAAAUUCCAAUGACUCGUUGUCGAAAUCCGAGAAUGCCUACACUCGAGACAGGGAGGUAUCUCAAGAGGAGACGCAUUUGAAGGAAUCUAAUAGCAAGCGAAUGGGUUGGGUUAAACUUAUUCGAAUACAGCUCAGUGCUUUGCAUGAGAAGAAGGCUAAGGCCACCGCUGGGGAAAAUAGGCAACAAGAAUCAAAUUCAUCCGACUCCAGACCGAUCAAGGAAGAAAUUUGGCCCAAUCUGCUGAAGGAGCCUUCCCAUCCUUCAGAGGCACUUCAAAGAAUGUCUGUUCCAUGGAUAUUUGCCAAUGAAAAUAGGGCUCAAGCGCUCUCUGAUUUGGAUUUGAAAACUUUAAAUACGACCGGAAAUUCAAAGAAAAAUUAUUUACUUGUUCAAGCGCACGUAUUUCUUCUCUUUUACUUCCUCUACGUAAACGCUGUUCACAAAGACAAAGGCGAAAUGGUGAAUGCGGUUGAAUUCAUGGCGACUGUGCAACUCUGUGCCGCAAGUGUACAGAAUCUCCUUCCACUUGAUUCGAUUGUUGCUAGUCUUUGCAAACUCAGCGGACGCCCUCCAACGUCAUUGUUUGCUCUGUUUGCUGGAUUAAUUUAUUGCCUGGCAGCGGCUUUAUAUCACAGAAACGGAGUGGAGUUCUUAGUAGAGGGAGCUGAUUCCUUGGGAGUCUCAUAUUUUUUCCAUAGAACGACGAACGUGAAAGGUAAAAUAUCCAGUUUUUGGCGGCAGGCGGCUGCAGCUGCUCUUCGGCAUCAAAAGCAAUCGGAAGAUACGACAAAUCAAAAGUCUUAUUCCUCCUCGCCCACCUCAAGCGGCAUGGACACUGAAGAAGCCGCACUUCGACGAACACUAACAAAUCUCUUCCAAAUUUCCUGGCCUACGUAUCAGCAGGUCUCUUGUUGGCAACAUUCCUUCCAGAAUCUUCUUCAGGACGAACAUGGCAUACUGAUCUUUCGGGAAUUUCUCCAGGGUGAAUUCAGUGAUGAAAAUCUCGAAUUUUGGAUAGCCUGUCAAAAGUACAAAUAUCUCACAGACGUAUUCAUACGAAAGCAAAGAGCUCAAGAAAUAUACGAUGGGUUCAUUGCCUUCCAAUCACAAAGAGAGGUAAAUCUAGAUUGUGAAACUCGGAUUCAAACGGAAAUGCGAUUAAGCCAGGCAGAGCCAGAUCUCUUUGACGCAAGUCAAAAACGCAUUGAGGCUCUAAUGGAGAAAGAUCCCUACCGACGAUUUCUACGGUCAAAUCUCUUCCUUAAACUCCUUGAUAAAUGUCAAAAGCUGAAGAACACAAGUCCCCAUUCCCUUGAAGAUGAUUUCAACGAUCCAAAUUCUAAUAUUCUGACUUACCAAGCAUCAGAAUCCACAGCAGCGGAUGGAGACUCACUAAAAUCCCAGCUAGUUAAAACUAAACCCAGCCAGUCGAUCGAUUUGGGCGAUUUAAAGGUGGUUUCGGAAAAAUUGACCAAAUCUUGA